AUGGCGCCCACCACAGAUACCAGCUCCAUGGGGAGCGGCUCGCCCUCGCCGCCGCCGCUGACCAAGACAGAGAGCAACGUUUCCGUCAAGAAGCGCAGCUCCGCGGAUGGCGGCGUCGUCAAGGUCACAAAGCGAAGAGCCGCCCGCGCAUGCGUCUCGUGUCGCGCACGCAAGGUCCGCUGCGACGUGGUCGAGGGUGCGCCUUGCGGAAACUGUCGCUGGGAUAAUGUCGAGUGCAUUGUUCAAGAGAGCCGUCGGCGCAAGAAAAGCACCUUGGCGGCAAGUGCCGUGGGCCAAAACAACCAAGCCGAGGCUCAAAUUCGCUCCAAGACGACGACAGCCACCACCACCACCAGCAACAGUGCCAACGUCGACGACGGGCCGUCAUCGGGCAUCAGCAACGGGUACAUGAAUGCGCUCGACAAUGGUGCAGCUACGCCAAUCGCCUCGAAUAACCUGCGACGACAGAGCACAGCGUCGGCCUUUUCGUCGGCCACGACGACGAGCGGCAUCGACAGCCUGGGUGGUCUCAUGCCCAACUGCAUGGUGGACUCACACAUGCCGCAUCUUAUUUUGCUUGGCACUGCAAUUUCCCCUCUGCAGCUCUUUCCUCCGUCACAUUGCCACGCCGCCAUCAAGCCGCCGUACUUGCUGAGCCAGGCCUCCAUCGACCACAGCCAUGGCAGUCCGACGUCGAGCAGCCUCUGGGGCGGCGACAGCAACACCGUCAACCCCAAUCGACUUUUUGGCGACUCGGGCAUCGCUUCUGCUACCCAGAACUUUACCAAUUCGCUCGACCAGUUUCAUUUUCACGCCGCGGCUCAGCCUACACCCCAGCUCCCGCCUUUCCUACGCCCGCUACCCAGCAAGAUCACCCCCGAGGAUGUGAGCUAUCUCCAGAUGAAGGGCGCUCUGACGCUGCCCGCGAUCCCUCUCCAGAAUGCCUUGCUUCAGGCCUACGUCGAGUAUAUCCACCCCUUUAUGCCGCUCAUGGACCUCCACCCUUUCCUUAGCAUCGUCAACAACCGCAAUGGAUUUAAUGGUCAGAUGAGCCUGCUGCUCUACCAUGCCGUGCUCUUUGCCGCCACCGCAUCGGUCGAUAUGAAACGUCUCCGCGAGGCCGGCUAUACAAGUCGCAAGGCUGCUCGCAAAGCCUUUUUUCAGAAGACAAGGCUGCUAUACGAUUUCGACUACGAAUCAGACCGCCUGGUCCUAGUACAGUCUCUGCUGCUCAUGACCUACUGGUAUGAGACACCAGAUGACCAGAAAGACACCUGGCACUGGAUGGGUGUCGCCAUUUCGCUGGCCCACACCAUUGGCCUGCACCGCAAGCCUGGCGCCAACUCGAUGACUGAGAGCAAGCGCAAGCUCUGGAAGCGUAUUUGGUGGUCCUGCUUUAUGAGAGACAGGCUCAUCGCCCUGGGCAUGCGCCGACCCACCCGCAUCAAGGAUGAGGACUUUGAUGUGCCCAUGUUGAUGGAGAGCGAUUUCGAAAUUCAGACGCUGGCGGACAACAACAGCUUGCUUCCCGCCGAGUGUGUCGUGAUUCGCGAUUUGGCCAUGCAGCGCGAGCUGGCGACCCUGUGCAUUCACAAGGCCAAACUCUGCCUUGGCAUCAGCCACAUGCUCAAGACGCAGUACUCGGUGCUGAUCCGCGACAAUAUGAAACCCGAGAACACAACAAACAGCACCAUGAUGCUGUUCCCCAACAAGUUUGAGAAUGUCGAUGCCGUUGACACGAUUGACGCCGAGCUGCGUGCGUGGGCCGACAGCCUGCCCGAGUCCUGCCGGUACCGCCCGCUCACGGAAGCUGACACCGAGGGUGGCCGCUCGACUGUCACGGUCCACCGCACGCUUCUGCACAUGGUCCAUCAGACAACCAUCUCGGCACUUCACCGGCCGCAGUUCCUGCCCUCGUCACCGACGCAGAUGCCCACUACCUCGCGCCAAGUGCAGGACAUGUCGCGCGUCAAGGUCCGCGACUCGGCCAUGCAAAUCACGCGCAUGGUUACAGAGCUGCACAACUUCCGUCUGGAAAAGUACCUCCCCACAACCGGCGUGACGGUCAUCCUGCCGGCCAUGAUUAUCCACUUGUUGGAGAUGAAGGGCUCCUCAAAGGAGGCGCGCGAACGAGCCAUGAUUGGCUUCCGUCAAUGCAUGCGUGUCAUGGAGAAGCUGCGGGAGAUUUAUUCAGCGGCCGACUACGCUACCGGAUUCCUAGAUGCGGCACUACGCAAGGCGGACAUUAGCGUUGGCUCGGGCAACGCUGGUAGCAGCAGCAGCAGCGUGUCGGCCGCGCUGGCCAGCCGAAUCAGUCAGCUUAGCCAAAUCAACCAGUCGGCGGCGAGCGACAUGAUGCCCAACGGUCUGCCGUUUGGGCUGUCGGUGCACACACCGCCGCCGGAGAACCAGACCCUGGCGAGCCUGCAGGAUGCGCUUUUUGGAAAGACGGCCAUGCUGCCACCCAACACGGUCAACGCGGCCGCGCUGGAGAUGACGGACUCGCCGCCGCACACCGACUUUGACACGACGGGCCUGACGCCCAGCGCCAGCGGUUUCUCGGAGGAGCUGCCGACCGAGGCGGACCCGAUGGACAUGGAUUUCAUGGAGGGUCACGACGAGUUUGACUGGAACGCGGUGGCGGGCACCGACUUUGACGUGGACCAGUUCCUGCAGUUUCCCACGGAUGGUAACAAGCCUUCUGGGGAGGAGAUGAUGAGUGGUGUCUUUGGUAGCAAGAACACGUCGGGGUCGAUGGAGGAUAUUAAGAUGGGUAUCGAGGCUUCUGCAUGA